AUGAAAGAUGUGUUUCCUGAAUCACAUCACAGAUUUUGUGCGAAACAUGUUGAAGCAAACUGGUGCAAAACAUGGAGGUCAGAGGAACUGCAGAAGGUAUUUUGGUGGUGUUCAUGGACCACAUAUGAGGAAGAUUUCAAAGACAAACUCAAUAUGAUUGGUUCUUUAGAUAAAACAGCAGCUGAAGAUUUACUGAAAUAUCCUCCCAAUGCGUGGUGUAGAGCCUAUUUUGACACCGUGUGCAAGAACUAUGAAGUGGUGAACAAUUUCACAGAAUCGGUGAAUAAAUGGAUUCUAGAAGCUAGAGGCAAACCAAUCAUCAAAAUGCUUGAAGAAAUAAGAACUAAAGUCAUGAACCAAUUGAGAAAAAAAGAGGAUGAAGUGAGAUUUUGGGCUACUGAGUUUAGCCCAAAGAGUAUGCAAUUGUUCAAUGAGUACAUGAAAAUUGCUCAAAAAUGUAAGGUUAAUUUCAAUGGUGAUUAUGGAUAUGAGAUCACAGAAGGUUGUGAUAGGCAUACUGUAAAUAUGAUUUUGAAGAGAUGCACAUGUAGACAAUGGGAUCUAAAUGGAAUUCCAUGCCCACAUGCAAUUUCUGCAAUGUUGUACAACAAGCUGGACCCUUUGAGUGAAAUGAGUUGGUGGUAUAGCAAAGAGGCAUUCCUGCUUACCUAUAGGCACAAAUUGCAACCUGUUAGAAGUGAAAUUUUUUGGAAGGUGGAUCCACAUCAAGCAAUGGAACCACCUGACCUACUUGUCAAUACAAAGCCAAUGAAAAGAGCCAGGAAAUUAAUUGAUGAACCUGAAGAGAUAAACCUAACAGCACCCCAAUCAACCCAAGCAAGCCAAGUUGUGAACUUCAUGUCUACACCAACAUUGAUGCAUCAUGCACCACAGUUUUCAGGUCUAAGACCAAGCAUUCCAAAUUUGACAAUCAACUUCCCAAAUCAUGAUCCAGAUCCUACUAUAAGGCCAAUGGUAGUGUCAGAAAAUGCAAUAUUCCGAGCCAGGCAAGAGGGACCAAUUCUUUCUGGGACAAGGAUUAUUAAUUUUGUUGGUGAUCACAAUGGAGUGAGUGUUGUUGGGUUCUGA